CCUUCCUUUCUGUACACCUUGCGGGAGGCAGAGAGCGGCAGCCGCGGCAGCAGCCGGGGACUUGGUGCAUAGAGACAGGCAGACUUAGGGACCGGCAGACGGACUGACGGACGGAGAGGACCCUCCCCAAGCCUCCCCACGCCAUGGCCGAGAGGAAGCAAUCCGGGAAGGCGGCAGAGGACGAAGAGGUCCCUGCCUUUUUUAAAAACCUGGGCUCAGGCAGCCCCAAGCCUCGGCAGAAAUUCUGUGGCAUGUUCUGCCCGGUGGAAGGGUCCUCGGAGAACAAGACCAUCGACUUCGACUCGCUGUCGGUGGGCCGGGGCUCGGGGCAGGUGGUGGCUCAGCAGCGGGACGUCGCCCACUUGGGCCCGGACCCGCAGCCGCCGUACUCCCGGCAGGGCCGGCGCGCCGGCGGGGAGCCAUCUGUUGAAUCGGGCCGGAAGGUGGAGAUCCGGCGGGCCUCGGGCAAGGAAGCCCUGCAGAACAUCAAUGACCAGAGUGAUCGUCUUCUGAUCAAAGGAGGUAAAAUCGUUAAUGACGACCAGUCAUUCUAUGCAGACAUAUACAUGGAAGAUGGGUUGAUCAAGCAAAUAGGAGAAAACCUGAUUGUGCCAGGAGGGGUGAAGACCAUUGAAGCCCAUUCCAGAAUGGUGAUCCCCGGAGGGAUUGAUGUCCAUACCCGCUUCCAGAUGCCUGAUCAGGGGAUGACCUCUGCUGAUGACUUCUUUCAAGGCACCAAGGCAGCCCUGGCUGGGGGAACCACCAUGAUCAUUGACCAUGUGGUUCCCGAGCCUGGGACCAGCCUGCUGGCUGCCUUCGACCAAUGGAGGGAAUGGGCCGACAGCAAGUCCUGCUGCGACUACUCUCUGCACGUGGACAUCACCGAGUGGCACAAGGGCAUCCAGGAGGAGAUGGAGACCCUGGUGAAGGACCACGGGGUAAAUUCCUUCCUCGUGUACAUGGCUUUCAAAGAUCGCUUCCAGCUAACGGAUUCCCAGAUCUAUGAAGUCCUGAGUGUGAUCCGGGACAUUGGAGCGAUUGCUCAAGUCCACGCGGAAAACGGCGACAUCAUCGCAGAGGAGCAGCAGAGGAUCCUGGAUCUGGGCAUCACGGGCCCUGAGGGACAUGUGCUGAGCCGGCCCGAGGAGGUCGAGGCCGAAGCCGUGAACCGUUCCAUCACCAUAGCCAACCAGACCAACUGCCCCCUGUACAUCACCAAGGUGAUGAGCAAGAGUGCCGCGGAAGUCAUCGCCCAGGCCCGGAAAAAGGGGACCGUGGUGUAUGGCGAGCCCAUCACCGCCAGCUUGGGGACUGACGGCUCCCAGUACUGGAGCAAGAACUGGGCCAAGGCUGCUGCUUUUGUCACCUCCCCGCCCCUGAGCCCCGACCCGACCACUCCGGACUUUCUGAACUCCUUGCUGUCGUGUGGAGAUCUCCAGGUCACUGGCAGUGCCCACUGUACCUUCAACACUGCCCAGAAGGCCGUAGGAAAGGACAACUUCACCCUGAUCCCUGAAGGCACCAAUGGCACGGAGGAGCGGAUGUCCGUCAUCUGGGAUAAGGCUGUGGUCACUGGGAAGAUGGACGAGAACCAGUUUGUGGCCGUGACCAGCACCAAUGCAGCCAAAGUGUUCAACCUUUACCCCCGGAAAGGCCGCAUUGCUGUGGGAUCCGAUGCUGACCUGGUCAUCUGGGACCCUGACAGCGUGAAAACCGUCUCUGCCAAGACCCACAACAGUUCUCUCGAAUACAACAUCUUCGAAGGCAUGGAGUGCCGUGGCUCUCCCCUGGUGGUCAUCAGCCAGGGGAAGAUUGUUCUGGAAGAUGGCACCCUUCAUGUCACCGAAGGCUCUGGGCGCUACAUCCCCCGGAAGCCCUUCCCUGACUUUGUUUAUAAGCGUAUCAAGGCAAGGAGCAGGCUGGCAGAGCUGAGAGGGGUUCCUCGUGGCCUGUAUGAUGGACCUGUGUGUGAGGUGUCUGUGACACCCAAGACAGUCACUCCGGCCUCCUCGGCUAAGACGUCUCCGGCCAAGCAGCAGGCCCCACCUGUCCGGAACCUGCAUCAGUCUGGAUUCAGCUUGUCUGGUGCCCAGAUUGAUGACAACAUUCCCCGCCGCACCACCCAGCGCAUCGUGGCGCCCCCUGGUGGCCGUGCUAACAUCACCAGCCUGGGCUAGAGUUCAGGGCCGCCGUGCAGUCGGCUUAGGGAUGGGGGAUGGGACACCUGAGGACAUUCGGAGACUUCCUUCCUUCCUUCCUUCCUUCUUUUUUUUUUUUUAAA